AUGUUCCGCAAUAAACCAGUGGACAAGCUACAGAAAAUUUUUCAAAGUGAAUACCUUGAUCAUGAUGCUGAGGAGAAGUUGGCAAGAGCCUGGGCGCAGGUGGAGAAAUACAUGCGGAUGCUUCUUAAGAAAGAGCUGGAAGACAGGUAUAUAGAUGGAAUGGAUAUAAAUGAUAUGAUCCAGGUGGCCAUUUCUGCCGAAACUCGGAAAAACCGUGGUCUCAUCAAAGCGGUUGACAGAUUCUGUGAGGUUGUGACCACAUUGGGCAGCACAGUUGCAGAUGGGGCAUCUACUGCUUUUCCUCCAGUAACACCUUGCUUCGCGGGGCUUGCCCUCGUGUUGAACAGUGCAAAGGAAUAUGCAGAUAUUCUUGGUGAGCUGGAAGGGUUGCUGCAGAAAUGCAUCACAGGAAUCGACAAUCUGCGUGGUAUGAAUAUGAACCCCCAACUCGCUACAAAAGUCCAGAGACAUCUGGCCCUGUUUACCACCUUCAAGUCGAUCAUCUUGAACGAGAACCUGGUUCAGGACUUGACUAAGCAGUUGGACGAGGUGACUGCUGACCGGAAGGACUUGAUCUUGAACCAAGUACACGCCAAGACGUAUCUGGACGCCGAAAAGAAGGAAUGGCGCAAGGCUAUCGCUCAAGCACUCUCUUUCAAUCCCGAGGAUCUGAACCAGAAAGAGGAGCCGAUAAGGAGCUGUCUUGGGUUGGUCUACAAGAAACCAUUGCUAGGCACGGGCACUUGGAUCCCACACCAAGAGGCAUUCCAGGCCUGA